AUGCCCUCGAUUUUCCAACCAUUUAGGUUGUCAGUAUUGCCAAGAAUUGGUGCAUUGUCGAAUUAUGAAGUUCAAUCCGAUUACCUGCGAGUUUCUAGCGAUAUUUCUCCAAACUCCAACAAGAUCACAAUUGGUAUAUCUGAGUCUGCUAUCUCUCAAUACAUUUUGAAUCCUACACCUAAACUAUUGUCGAAUAUCUCUAUACCAUCUACUAAUGUUGUUAGCGCUUGCGAUGUAGCGACUUUAGCUGAUGACAAGGAAAUUUGGUGCUACUGUGUUAAAUCUGGUAAGAGUCACUUUUUAAAUGCAUCAGUUAAACCUGUAGAUGCAGACACUGUUUUGGAUACUGAUGGUGGUGACAAGACUGAAGAUUUCAAAAUAAAAAUGGAUAGUAAAGUUGUGGGGAUUAAAAUUAUUCCCGACUACAAAGCUAUUGUUGUUGUACUCGAAAGUGGAUUAAUACAGUAUUAUGACUUCCAAUUGCAAAAACUUUCUUCAUUAGACAUUUCUUAUCAAAACGUGAAAGUGGUUAAUUAUUUUAGUGAAAAUGGUCAAAAUUUCAUGUUUGUUUUAAGUGGAUUUGAAAAUAAUAAAGUAUGCUUUAAACUUUUCGAAUUACUUUACCAUGAUGGUAAGAGACACACUCCUAUUAAGGAAUUGAGUACCACAAUCUUGGAGAACUUCAAUUUGGAUCAAUCCAAGUUGUGUUACCAAUCCGGUAAACUUUAUCAAUUGGAAGGCUCCACCAUCAAGACGUAUGCUUUGCCUCAAUGCCAUCUGGUGCAAACUACCCAUCUACCCAUGAUUCUAGAUCCAAAUUCGCAAAAGGUUUCGCUGGCACCUGUAUCCACAAACAGAAUUUUGUUGACAGUUAACAAUCAAGUGUAUUUGUUGGACCUAGUGCAUUCAUCGGUGCUUUCUGAAAGAACAUUGACCCAUGCAAAAACUUUCCAAUUGUUAAGGUCAGCACCUCUCAAUGUAUCUUCCUCAUUGAAAGGUUCUGAGUUCGCAACAAGAACUCUAGCCAUCGGUGUUACUACAAAGAAUGGCAACAAUCCAACAUCUGCAUUGGAAGUAAUAAAUGUUGAUGUGGGGACAGGUACGCUAAAGGAUUCCUUAGGCAAAAGUUUCCAAUCCAUUAAUGAUUCAAAGACCCAUAAUUUGCAACCGCUUUUCUCUGAUGAUGAAAGUGAUGCUGGUGAUAAUGCUGAUUCAGAUGAAGUGGUAGCAUUUGCAUAUGAAGAUAUCUUUAAAGAACUUUCCAAGAAUAAUAAAAGCAUUAGUAAAUUUGAUAGCACUUUCGCCAAAAGAUUAAACAUCCAGGAGGAACACUAUACUGAUAGAGAAAGAUUUAUUUGUGACCAAGAAUUUUUAAGCAAAGUGGUUCGCUUGAUUCUCGAUAGUUUUGAUCAAGAAUACCCAAGAGCGCUUACAUUUCUACUAACACAUCCACUCUUCCCAACAGAUUGCACAAGAGGACUGUUGGAACGCUUUAGAAACCAUCCAAGACUUUUCAAACAAGCUAUAGUUACAUGUCCCAAUUUACCUCUCGAUGAUCUUUUAUCUGAACUUUUCUCUAUUAAUAAUGGCGAGCUUUGUCUUGACAUUUCACUUAGAAUUUUACAAGAUUUUACAACGGAUAUGAUUAAAGAUGAGGUUAAGAAAUUGAAUAAGGUGGAUGUUCACAAUUUUGUAAACUUCUUGAUCAGUCCAAAGGAUGAGGAAUUGAUUCAAAAUAAAAGCACCUAUGAAUUGUUCCAACUUUUGUCACUAGUAAUAGAUGCUAUUGGUCUUUUCGCCCUAGAUGGAGCUCUCCUACAACGUCUAUCAGAUUAUAUCGAUGAGCAAGUAUACUUAGCGGAGAGAAAUGCCAGGCUUUGGAACUUGUUAGAUACUAGAAAUAAGAACCGUGGUGCUACCGGUUCAUUAGCAGGAAGCUCAAGAGCUAAAGAGCAGACUCUACCUAAAUACACCGUCGAGUAUUUAGAAUUGUGA